AUGGAAAGGAAACCAGAAAUAGAUUUUGACAUUGCUGAGCAAUUUGACUCCAUGAUUCCUGAUGCAGAGUGCCUAAAGAUCAUGUGUGAGAUCCUGAAUUCACUUCAGAUAGGUGACUUUCUGGUCAAGGUGAAUGAUCAGCACAUCCUAGCUGGGAAGUUUACAAUCUAUGGGGUUCCUAAGAGCAAAUUCCACACCAUCUGCUCAUCAGCGGACAGGCUAGACAAGGUGUCCUGGGAGGAAGUAAAGAAUGAGAUGGUGGGAGAGAAGGGCCUCACAGCUGAGGUGGCUGGCCGCACUGGGGACUUCAUCCAGCAGCAUGGUGGGGUAUCUCUGGUGGAACAGCUGCUCCAGGAUCCUAAACUGUCCAAAACCAAGCAGGCCUUGGAAGGCCUGGGGGACCUGAAGCUGCUGUUUGAGUACUUGACCCUGCUUGGCACUGCUGACACGACCUCCUUCGACCUGAGCCUUGCUCGGGGGCUGGACUACUAUACUGGGGUGAUCCAUGAGGCAGUGCUGCUACAGACCCCAGCCCAGGCAGGGGAAGAGCCCCUCGGUAUGUGCAGUGUGGCGGCUGGAGGGCGCUAUGAUGGUCUAGUGGGCAUGUCUGACCCCAAAGGGCACAAGUUGCCAUGUGUGGGGCUCAGCAUUGGAGUGGAGUGGAUCUUCUCUACCGUGAAGCAGAGGCUACAGGCCUUGGAGAAGAAGGUAUGGACCAAAGAGACACAGGUGCUUGUGGCAUCUAUACAGAAGAUACUAGAGGAGAGACUGAAGCUUGUCUCAGAGCUGUGGGAUGCAGGGAUCAAAAUCGAUGUCUGA